AUGAUUCUCAUUGGAUUACAUACUUUUGAGAUAUGGCGUGUUAGUCAUAAUCUUGCCUGUCAUCUAGCCCUGUCUAUGAAGGAGAACAAGCUCGAUUCUGAGAAUGUUGAAAAGAUUCCGAAGGGUAUCGAGCAGGAAGUCCCAACAAAGGUGAUCCAAAAAUUGAUCAGCGCUGAAAGUGGCGUCAAAAAGUUGACAGUUCAUGACAUCAACAACUUAAGGUACAAAAAUACGGAUCGUGUGAAUCUAUGCAAAUUGAAAAAUAAAGUUUUUGCUAUGAGGACUUGCUCUACAUCUGAACGAUACGAUUUCUCGAAACGAUAUAUUGAUGAAUUCUUUCAAACACCAAAAACUUUUAAUAAUGCUGAAAUUCAGCAAAAGUUUAAUAAGUGUCAUAUCACCUCAAAGCUUAGACACUUUGGUUGCGUUACAACGCAAAGGGCAGAGAGUAGACAUAGUAUUGUCAAAAGGGGAGUCUUUUCCCUUCAACCUCUUGAUUUAGCUUUCCGCACCAUUGAAAUUAAUCUGAGCAAUUUUGAAAGAGGAUAUAAGGACAUUGAAAAUAGGGAAAAACCUAAGGUGGAUGUUCGCGUUUUGUUGGGGCCUCGUCUGGCCCAUUUAAUUGGGAAAGUGACUCACCGUGGGUUGGUUUCCCUCUGUACCAAACUUUGGAGAGGACCGGUUGACAUUUUCAGUCCAUGA